UCUUAUCUAAAGCAACUCAGGUCCCAGAUUCCAUUCUCUUUUCUUUUUCAAACCAGCAUCAUAUGCUGACUCGGACCAAAUAUAAGCACAGACUCCAGCCAGGGUCUCUCAGACAUCUCUUUCAACACCAUUUUCGUGCCUACAAGCAAAAAGCUAGAAUUGUAAUGAUAAUAAUAAAGGAAAGAAAAAAAAACAACUCCAGCUAUUUAUUUAGUACCCCACCCUUAUCCUCUUGUCCUCCACCUAGCAGUUCUCUAAAUAGUCCUUCUCUGGGUUAUCUCUUCACUCUUGAUUCCUCAAACUAUGUACUCUUCACCAUGGAAAGCCAUGUUAAUUGCUGUAGCAAUGCUACAGCUGUGCUUUUCCAUGGAGGUUGAAUCUUCUUUAGCUCACCCUGAUAAAAUUGUUAGGCUCCCAGGCCAACCCCGUGUGGGCUUUCAACAGUUCUCAGGAUAUGUUACUGUGGACGAGAAGAAGCAUAAAGUCCUUUUUUACUACUUUGUGGAAGCAGAAAUAGAUCCAGCUUCAAAGCCUUUAGUCCUUUGGUUGAAUGGAGGGCCUGGUUGUUCUUCCGUUGGAGUAGGGGCAUUCUCUGAAAAUGGGCCUUUCAGACCAAAUGGAGAGGUUCUUGUUAGAAACGGUUACAGCUGGAACAGAGAAGCUAAUAUGUUAUACUUAGAGACACCAAUUGGAGUGGGGUUCUCUUAUUCCACUAACAGCUCCUCCUAUGUAGCAGUGGAUGAUGAGACCACGGCCAGGGACAAUCUUGUAUUCUUGCAACGCUGGUAUCACAAAUUUCCAAAUUACAGGCAGAGGGAUUUGUUUAUAACAGGAGAAAGCUAUGCAGGCCAUUACAUUCCUCAACUUGCAAAGCUUAUGGUCGAACUCAAUAAGAAGCAGAAUCUGUUCAAUUUGAAAGGAAUUGCUCUAGGUAAUCCCGUUCUGGAAUUUGCCAUCGACUUCAAUUCAAGGGCUGAAUAUUUCUGGUCCCAUGGGUUAAUAUCAGACUCAACUUACAGAAUGUUCACUUCUGUCUGCAACUAUUCUCGAUACGUCAGCGAGUACUACAGAGACUCAGUUUCCCCUUCCUGUUCGAGGGUGAUGAGCCAAGUAAGCAGAGAAACCAGUAAAUUUGUGGACAAAUAUGAUGUUACUCUUGAUGUCUGCAUAUCAUCGGUGCUCUCACAAUCAAUGGUUCUAAAUCCACAGCAAGUAUCUGAAAGGGUAGAUGUAUGUGUCGAAGACAAAAUUGUGAAUUAUCUGAACCGGAAAGAUGUCCAGAAAGCUCUUCAUGCUCUGCUUGUUGGAGUUCGCAGAUGGGCUGUCUGCAGCAACAUAUUGGAUUAUCAGCUGCUCAACCUGGAGAUCCCUACAAUCUCUAUUGUUGGUUCACUAAUCAAGGCUGGAAUCCCGGUCUUGGUUUACAGUGGAGAUCAGGAUUCUGUUAUCCCAUUGACUGGAAGCCGCACCCUGGUACGUGGACUGGCAAAGGAGUUAGGAUUGGAAACAACUGUACCUUACAGAGUUUGGUUUGAAGGGAAGCAGGUUGGUGGCUGGACUCAAGUUUAUGGUAACAUCCUCUCAUUUGCCACAAUCAGAGGGGCUUCUCAUGAAGCUCCUUUCUCACAGCCUGAGAGGUCACUCAUGUUAUUCAAGUCAUUCCUUGAAGGGAAGCCUCUACCAGAAGUUUUUUGAAUCAAACUUCAUUUUCCAAAAUAAUUUGUUUGAGACUGCAAAUCUGUGUGUCAAGUUGCUUAAAAACACUUGAGCAAUGUUUGAUUCCAGAGAAAAAGGAAGAAAAAAAAAGUUGAGUGAAAUUUUUUUUAUCUGGUUUUGUUGAGUGCAAUGGAUCCUUCCUAGCUGAGACAAAUCUUGUAAAUAGGUCUCCAGACAAAUCAGAAAAUGCCUUUUUCUAGCCAAA